AUGGAGCUUGUAUCUGCCAUGAAAGGUAGCCGUGAAAAGCAGGGAAUACUGCCUAAGAAGCUUUCAGUGACGUGGGCCCCUGAGGUGUAUGAUCCAGUUCCUUCAGCAGUGUCGCACGUGGUAUCAAGUAAGAACCAUCGCCAUCGCAGUGAUAGCAGGAAGUACGGGAAGACCAAACAGAAGGGCGGUGGCAAAUCUUCUCGAGGCAGCAAGGGCAAAGACAAGAAGCAAGCUCGGAAGAAUGUUGGAAGUGCUAGUAGCAGGUCUUUCAAGUCAUUGGAUGAUCAUAACAUAGUGCAUGGUUUUGAUGAGCCUCUUGCUGGUAUUGAAAAUUUUGAUGUUGGCAGCCCAGUUGCAUUCUGUGGAAGUAGUUUUCUUAAAAGUUCUGUUACCAACUUGCACUAUCCAGUCACAGAGGCUACAUGA